UAGUAGUGUGUGUUUGGUAUGCCUGUAUGUGUUUGAAGAAUUAGUAUUAGAAGCCUUUUCGUCAAAGAGCGCACAAACCAAAAAUGGUGGACGUGUUCGGGUCCGCGACGCGGCCGAAUUUCUUCCUGUGGGGCAAAUGGGGGGAGCGCUUCGUCCCGGCCCCCUCACUCCAGCAGUCGAUUCCGGAGGGAACUGUGUCCACCGUGGUGGGCGACGGGUUCAUGCUGGCGCUGACCGAAUCUGGGCAGGUGAUGGCCUGGGGUGCGUCCAAAUCCGGGUGUCUGGGGCUGGGCGCGGAGAUGACGAUCGCGCCCACACCCACGCCCGUCGAGUUUAAGUUCCACGGGGGGACCGAAUACGAGCCGAGCGAGGCGGAGAAGAAGGACAGUCAAGAAGAAAACAAAGACGAAAAGGACCAGGACCAAUUGUCCGUGAACAUUGUGGAGUUGGUGAAGGUAUGCAGUGCAAAAUUAUCGUACUACUAUAAAUUGCAUUACAAAUUUCCUUAGCAUGACAGAUGAAAUUUGUAAUGCUGUUUUCGCUAAGGAAGGCGAUUCGUCAUGCAUGUCUGCAAUUAGGACGAGUACGAUACUUUUGCACAGAAUAGAAGGGCGAGAAGCACAUCCUCGCCCGGACCGAUAAGGGGGAGUUGUUCGCGUGGGGCCAGAAUUCCAUGGGACAGCUGGGGAUAGGACCGCCGACGGGCAACGACAUCCACUGUGAGCCGAUACACGUACUUAUUAAGGCUAUGUAGUUCUAUCUCUAUGUGAAAGCAACAACAUAUUAAGCAAGAAUUUCUACCGUAAGAUUAGCUAUGUUGCAUCUUUUGAUUUUGUUUUAGUUUACUUCUUAUGCAGAAUUGAUGUAUUUCUAUUAAUUAAAGAUGAGUCCUUUCUUGAUCUUCAUUGCUGCGGUCGUAAUCUCAAGUAAUCGUAUCGCAGACAAUAGCAAUACGUCGGGGUCGGACGUGCCUUGCCCUCGCCUCUGCCAACGUACAAUUUCAUAUGAGUACAACGAACCUUCAAACCGAAAAAACGACAUUUCACUUUCAGAUUCCCAUGAAGGACGCGCUAACCAACCUCCCGGUCGACGUGAUGCAGAUCGUUGCCAAGGGCAGCAGCUCCUUCGCACUCUCCACUGCCGGCGAGGUGUACGUAUCAAAUGCAAAAAUGUCUGGGUCUGGAAGAUUCUAAACUUGUGAUGCUGUGUUUGGAUUCUAAAAAGAAAUUGUAUUGCAGGACCAGCAAGAGGUGGACUCCAGUUUCUCCUACGCGGAAAAGACAUUUCUCAUGCGGUAGAGGUAUCACAAAGCCCUCUAAAAAUCUCUGAUGCUACGGCAUGCAUCACAGACAUCAUGGCUCAGGGAAAAUAUGCAUGACAAGGCUAGAAAUCUUCCAGACCCAGACACUUUUGCAUUUCCUAGUACGCGUGGGGAAGCAACGCGGAGUUCGCGCUCGGGCUGGACAAUGUCCACUCGAGUUUUGUCUCCGUCCCGACGAAAAAUCUAUUACUGAACAAAACCGUCGACGACCACGCGAACCCCCAGACGGUCUACGUCACGAAACUGCAGGUGUGCACGGAGCCGGGGACGAGCUCUUUGGUAAUAUGACAGUACACAACUCCCCCUCCCCCUCAUUUGUCAUGCAAAACCGAAAUACCCAGUCCACCCUUUGUCUCUGGGCACUGUUUGCAUGACAAGCUCUGGUAGCCCAAAUAGCACUACACUCCAGUGCAGAUUUGUGACGCGAAACCGGCACUCUUACUGAUGCUUGUGUUGCCGUUCAUGCUAUACAAAUGAGGGGGAGGGGGAGUUGUGCACUAUCAUAGGCGAUCGCGUUCGUUGAAAAAGACCGUGACAAGCUCACCGCCGCCGCGGCCAUGAACGGGUUUGGGGCGGACGGGAGACAUGGUGGCGAAGGCGGUGGUGGUCCGGGUGGUGGAGCUAUGCAUUGCAAAUAUGUCUGGAAGGUUGGAACUUGUGAUGCGGAUUAUGGAACAGGCAAAAUAAAAAUUUGUAUAUGCAUGAUCGCCAAAACCAAAAGCUGCCCCUUUCGUGCUACGCAAGUUGCGAAUUUCCCAUGCAGGAUAGGUAUCAGAAGGCCUGCGCCUUUCUGUAAAGUAAUGCUUUUGCGUGCAUUACAGACCAUGUGCAUAGUCCAAAAGAUGCAUGACAAACAACGGCCUUCUUCCAGACCCAGACAUUUUUGCAUUUGAUAGAAGCCGGGGGAGGUGCUACCAGCGGUGUGAGGAAGGGCGCGAAGAACGCGACGGCCGAGGAGCAGGAACUUUACGAGGGGAUCAUGAGUCUGCGAGGAACCCUGCAGAAGGCGCGGGAGUGGACGGAGAAGCUCGAGCUGCGGUUCAGUAACGAGGAAGAGGACGAGAUUCUUGUGAAGCCGGAUGUGGAUCUGGAAUCCCAGCAACAGUUUUUGCAAGAGUUCCAACUGAACCUCCUGGAGCAGCGACCGCACGGCUCCAACACAACCAACUCCGUCGCGAAGAUGACGACGAUUGAAUUCUUGCUGAAAAUCUUCCUGGAAAACGUGCACGCGAAGCAGGAACGGGUUCUCCGGCUCCAGCGUGCCCGGGCGGUGAUCGCGGCAAAAACGGAAACCGCGAAGAUGACGGCGCAGAUUGCGAAUUUUCGCCACGACGCGUUCGAAGAAAUUCGGAAAUUGCAGGGCCACGACGGGAAGCUGCAGGAUCUGACGUUGAACAUCGAGAAGCUCCGGGUGUCGGAUAAUUUGACGCGGGAACUCCAAAUCUCGCUGGUGGAAACGCUGAUGGCGUACGCAUUGCAAAACUAUCGUACUAGUAGAAAAUGCAUUACAAAUUCGCUCAGCAUGACACAUGGAAUUUGUCAUUCUGAUUUACCUUGAGCAGGAGACUUGUCAUGCAUAAUCGCGAUUGCUACGAGUGCGAUGCUUCUGCAAUGCAUAUGGCGAAGAGACAGACGAAUCUGACGAAGAUCGAACUGCUGAAACGGCUCCAGGGACAAGAACCCGGAAGUCACAUCAAGCCAGCCUUGCAGAUACUCGAGGACCGGUGGCGGCAAGUAAAAGAAUUUUCGCUCUACAACCUGCUGGUCAACGGUACGGAGGGAAAAGCGAUAUUGGCGUACUGAUAAUUUUUCUGGAAUUUUCGUUCUGAUGUUGCCUUGCGUGUGCUGUUUGAUCGUCGAAUGAUCUACAUUUUUCACGACCUGUUGUAGUUCAUCAUCAUGAUCCGUGGUCACGGUGCAUGUGCUUCUGUUUGUGUUGAACAAGAACCGAUUUAUCAAAAUCAUGCGCCGUAUGUAAAACAUAAACAAAAUCUCACGACGUGCUUCAACAGAAACCGCAAAUGGUCUCCGGAACAGAGUUUCCAGAAGCUUCUUGCUUUAGCCGAUACGUCGCUCGACAAGAUCACCGACAGUCUGGACCGAGACAGUGUGGUGAGCCGCGACCUGUUGAUUCCCUACUUCUGCUACGAACUCUUACUAGACAACGUAAAGCUGCGGAAUAUGAACUGCAGCAAAAGUAUCGUACUCGUAGAAAUGCAUGACAAAUCUUUUCAGCAUGAGAAACAGAAUUUGUAAUGCGGAUUUACCUUAAGAAAAAGAUUUGUAAUGCAUGAUCGCAAUUACGAGUGCGAUACUUUUGCACAGGAUACGGAAAAUUGCGAACCAAUACCAGCUGCGGGUCCUGUUGAUUCACCGCGGAAAGUAUGCAUUGCAAAUAUCCCUGGAUGUCUGGUGGAAGAAUGCAACUUGUGAUGCUGCAUUUGGACUCCAAAAAAAUCUGCAUUGCAUGAGCGGCAAAGGGAGUGUAAUUGUUGCUACGGGAAAAGGGCACUUGUCAUGCGGAAUAGGCAUCAAGAAGCCCUCAAAAAAUCUCUGAUGCUAGGGCAUGCAUCACAGACAUCAUGGCUCAUGCAAAACUUGCAUGACAAGUCUCGGAAUCUUCUUCCAGACCCAGACAUUUUUGCAUUUGAUAGAAAGAACCUGCUGACCGACCCGGAAGCCGAGCUUCCGGCGGGCGAGGGUCUCUUCACCGGUGCCGGGGCGCCGUUAGGUGAGGGGGCGCAGAAGAAAAGUGGAAUCUUCGGGUCCCUGUUUUCCUGAUAGAAGAAGUGAGGAUUUUUUUUGUAUGAUUGAAAAAGAAAAAGACCUGCCGCCGACGACGGAAGAAAUCGCGGUCACGCAGAUGAAACCCUUUUGCUUUUCUUUUCCUAGAUGUAAUUACAUCAAGUCGUGGGCUAGUAUUAAACACGCAAUUAUCCCGGCGUCAACGCAUGCAGGAAGGUAUCCGCUGCGCGGCCGUGAAGGCAUG